CAACUCCUUUCUAUAAAUCUCCACCGCAUUCUGUUCCUCUCAACCCUCACUAGUAUAAUCUCACUUCACCAAAAUAACGACACCUUCUUCUUCAAUGGCUGAAGCACGUUCAAAACCCCAGCACGACCAUGCCCGCACAAACUCAACACACCGUCAAGAGGGUGCCAGCUUCAUGAAGUUCCUCCCGGAGAUGUCCCUUUCCACCUCCCAAGUCCUCAUGCUCCUUGCCGGUGCCUCCAUUGGAGGCAUGCUGCUCCUCCUUGCCGGCCUCUCGCUCAUCGUCAGUCUCGUGGGACUGAUGAUUGCGGUGCCACUUUUCAUCCUGUUCAGCCCGGUGUUAGUCCCGGCCGCAAGUGUCAUCGGAAUAGCGGUGACUAGCAUUAUAGCGGCCGGGACAUGUGGGCUGAUGGGAUUAGUGACAUUCACUUGGAUGGUGAAUUACCUCCGGCGGGUGAUGGUGACGCCGGAGCAGGCGAAGCGGCGCAUAGCAGAAAUGGCGGGGCACGUGAAGCAAAAGACUAAGGAAGCUGGGCAGGACAUUGAGACAAAGGCACAAGAUGCAUAAAAGUCACAAACAACGCAAUAAGUUAUCGUGUGAGAAGAGAAAAUGGUUUGAGUUGAGUACUUAUGAGAUGUGAUAUACUAUAGUGUGCAUCGUAUCAUUUUAUCAUUAUAUGUAAUAUAUGUUUGUGUGUGUGGGAAUUAGAUAUUUAACCUUUUGUGUUUUGGAAUAUGGAGUUUCAUUUUGUGUUUGUUUAAUUAUUUGCAGUUGUUGAAUAUUCCUUGUGUGUAAUGAGUGUUAAUGAAUUAUUCCGGUUUUCAUGGUUAUAAU